AUGGAUUAUAAAGCAUUGUCUCUCCUCUUCUUGAUUUUCCUAGUAAGUACUGAGGCAAGACCGAUUGAAGACCAAGCAACAUUCGCAAAUGUAAAUGAAAUUGUCACCGAGCAUUAUGAAUUAGAUAUCUUCAUUGACUUCUCAAGAAAAGUCUUAUCUGGUACCAACACCCUCUACAUGAGAAGAACUGCUGAUUCUCUUGAUGUGGUCUAUUUAGAUGUCUGGGAUCUUAACAUUUACCAAAUUCUGGAUCAGAGUGGGAAUAAAUAUGAGUUCCAUAUUGAUGACCCUAACCCAAAUCUUGGCCAAAGAUUAAGCAUUUUUAUACCAGAGGAUCUAUCGACUUCAGAAACAUUCAACUUUACUAUAAGCUAUGAAACUUCUCCUGAUGCACAGGCUAUUAGUUGGCUAUCCCCAGAACAGACCUCUGGCAAAAAGCUUCCAUACAUGUUCACUCAGUCUGAGCCCAUACUUGCAAGAUCUCUAGCUCCUUUCCAAGACACUCCUAGUAUUAAAUCGACUUACGUUGUAAAUACUACCACACAUGUUCAGUUUGUCACAAGAGUCAGUGGAAAUAUGACUUAUGACUACACAGAUUGCAUGAUUAGGUACUCUACCUUCGAGAUGAACAUCCCAGUUCAAUCCUACUUGCUCGCUAUUGCCUCCGGAAAUUUAGUAGAAAGGAAAGUAGGAAAUAGAACUUAUGUUAUAACUGAGCCUGAAGAAAUCGAAAAAGUUGCAAAUGAAUUUUCUGAACUAGAAGAUUUUCUAAGUUAA